AUGUACCCAUCUCUAUUUCUUUUCGUCCAUCUGGCUUUUCAUGUCCUCGUGCCUAUCUUCGUAGGCGGGGAAGUUUCUCUCCUGCGAGAUGUCCUCACAGGAUCAGAUUUGAAGGCCCCAGUGGUUGAUCUUGAUGGCAUAGUUCAAAGCGUUCCAUCUCAUCCUCCUCACACUCUCAAUGCAAACCUCAUUGGAUCUGUGAAACCCUUUAACGCUGGAAUAUCGCAAAUCUCAAUGGAGAAAUACCAGUCUCGAUUUGUUAGAUUGCUCAUGAAUGCAGAUUCACCAAGCCGUCCUGUACCAUAUGAGACCUUUUUCAAAAAAGCUAAAAAGGUGGAGAAAUACAAAACAUUUGAAGAAAGUAUCCGGAAUAUGGCCAGUAAGACUGCAAAGUUGAUUCCAAAAAAAGUUUCAUCACCCCAAAAACUCAAAGCGCAUCUUUCUGAAAAUCAAGAUGCUUUGAUUGAAUGUUUCAAUUCUGCUAAGACUGCUCUCGAAGAGAUAAAAGUACAAGGAACUGGAAGACUUUGGGCCCUUGGAACAGUGGCUGGCCUUUUGCAACAUCUCCCCUCAGAUGCAUCAAAGGUAAUAUCCCAUUUGGCGACAGAUCUGUGGAAAGACUACAUAUAUCUAGAGAUACAAGCAGCGUUAGCAUUUGAAGCCUCUUUAAGUCACAAAUUUAGGAGUCACUUAAAGAAAGGAAAAGCAUUCUAUAACAAGAAUCCUGAUGGAAGAUGUUUUAAAAGAGCUGACUUCCUGGCUAGACAAGAAAGGAACAUGCGGAUGAGUGGUUCCAUAAGAAGCCACAAUCUUGAAAAAUAUGUGGUAAACAAAUUCCUGAGUGUGAGAAUUCCAUCAGAAACAGAGGAUAUCAAGAAAACCAUAGAGGAAUUUUCUGCAAUAUUCAAGGAUGUGGAGUACUCUAUCUGGAAAGCAGAAGAAGCUAUCAAUAUUUUCAUCUAUCUCACCCGUUAUUGGGAGCACACAAUGAGCACAGAAAGGAUCCUUGAAUUGAUUGAAACCAACAAAAAAAUCUACAGAGAUUUCUAUUCACCAUUUGCAAGAUUACAUUUGAAAAAUAUCAUUGAGAAUGAAGAAGAUCCACUAAAGAUAAAAGACUUAAUCCCAAAUGAAAUAAAGAAUACUCAUCUUACACCAAGCCCAGAAGCUAUUCAAAGUUUGAUCAAGACAUUGGAAGACAAACAAUUAAUGCCUGACAUAGAAUUUGAGAUAUAUAAACUUUUGAUGACAGAGUGUACACUUCAUCCAGAGGUAAAUGAGAUUUUGAUUGAUGCAAUUCAGAAUACAGAGUCUCUGGCUUCUCAAAUCCAAGAUAUCAGAAAAAGAAAUAGAUACAACUCAAUGAUUUGGGGAACAGAUUCUUUCAAGUUCUUUAACUAUAUAAACUCAAAUUACCUACUUACUCACAAGACUCCUCAGACUGCCAAAAGAGUAAAAUGUAAUCUACCUGAUCCUGAAGGAGACAUGUGA